AGCGUCUCUUCUUUGGCAAGCGAUGUUGGUGCUCGGAUAAAUUAUUCUUCAUUUCCCUAUUCCGGUGUCUGCUUUCGCUGGCUCGCCGGAAAUAUGGCCGGGAAAUCGUCUUCGCAUAAAAUCUCGCCCUCGCCCUCUUCCUCGGGACGCCGGAAAAGCCGCUGGGAGGGCAACAACCCCUCGGCCGAGAAGUCGCCUGCGGAACCCAAACCCUUCAAGGAGGAGGUUGCUCGUUCACCAGCCGCUGUGGCUGCUGGUCCGUCGAAACUUCCCGUAAAUCCCUCGCCUCCGCCCGCCUCCGGUGGUCCGCCUUUGUCCUUGCAGGACGCUGGUCCUGGUGGCGGAGGCGGGUUUCCGGUCCCUCCUCCGGCCCCUGCUUACGGCUUCCACAUGCUAGAGCGUCGGACUAUUGUCUUGGCGGAUGGAAGUGUCCGUUCGUACUUUGCUUUACCGCCAGAUUACCCGCUACAUCGGAGUGUGCCCGAUCUUCCCCCUGGGCGUCCACCGGCCGAUGAUAGACUUUAUCCAUACGGGCCUCCUCAUCCUGGAUUAGUUGAUCCGCGGGGCCUGGACCGCAUCGGAAUGGAUAAGCCUUUUCCCCCGAGGUUUAGCCCCGAACGUUUCGAUUCUGGUUUCCCACGAGAAAGAGAUCGUGAGGAUUACCGGAAUUUGGAUAAUCCUCUGAAGAGGAAGUACGGGGAAGAUGAUGCAGGUUUUGGUGAGCCUGACAGGUUCUACGGGUCACGUUUCAGAGACGAGGAGAUCGCCCGGCAGAGGCAUCAGCAGAUACUGCAGUAUGGAAACCCUAAUGGCCUCCCCGGCGUCUCCGGCAACCCGCUGAUUCCGAGUUCUGGCAGGGUGAUGGACGAAUUACGCAUGCCGAAGGUUCAAAGGCAUGGUGAAAUUCACGGAGGACCGAAUGAGGGCGAGGGAAAGAACACAUUAGAGGUGAUUCUGGAUGUGGACAAGGUCGCGUUGAGGAAAGCUUUUCUUAGGUUAACUAAGGUUUUAAACGAGAACGUGGCACAGAGGAAGCUAUAUCUAGAUGAUGGUAAAUCCGGCCCUGUACGAUGCGUCGUCUGCGGCAGGACAUCCAAGGAGUUCACAGACGUGCAUUGUCUUAUCAUGCAUGCAUUUAAUGCACAAAAUCCAGACUUGCGCAUCGAUCACCUUGGCUUGCACAAAGCUUUGUGUUCUCUGAUGGGAUGGAGCUAUAUGAAGCAGCCAGAGAACUCAAAAAUAUAUCAGUCCCUAUCUGCUGAGGAUGCAGCAGCAAACAGAGAUGAUCUCGUUAUAUGGCCCCCAUUGGUCAUUAUUCAAAAUACUAAUACUGGAAGGAGAAAGGAUGGUCGCAUGGAUGGUAUGGGCAACAAGGAGAUGGAUAUCAAACUUAAAGAACUUGGUUUCAGUGGUGGAAAGUCGAAGUCCAUGUAUGGCAAGGAUGGCCAUCUUGGUAUCACACUUGUCAAAUUUGCUGCUACCCCAGCAGGACUGAAGGAGUGUGAGCACCUAGCUGAGUUUUUUGAGAAAGACAACCAUGGGCGCAGAGCCUGGGCACGUGUACAAGCUUCCAGUUCCAGUGAUGAUGACAAGAACCCUGACCUCGUAAAAGUGGAUGAGCGGACUGGUGAGAAAAAACGUGUCCUUUAUGGUUAUAUUGGUACUGCUUUUGACUUGGAAAAGGUCGACUUUGAUCUUCGCAAGAAGGCUUUGAUCAAGAGCAGAAGGGAUUUUGAUCUGUCAGACUGAUGCAAACAUUGGUGAUGGGACCACUAGAUCCCAAAAGCACUAAAAAGGCUCCCUGUUCUAAGCUUCACGAGAUAUAUUUCAGGGUAGAUAAGUUUGUCUGGAAAUGCUUGUACUAGUAAUUGAUAUCAUGGCAGAUUAGCCUUGCACUUUUUAAAGGUACAUGAGUUGGUUUAAGUGAGUUGGUUUUUUC